AUGCCCCAGAUUCAGACUUUCGAUGAUUCUGAUGGCGAGAACUUUGAGGCCGAGAAUGAUGCCGUUAGUGAUGUCGACGAAGCAUCAGACGGCGAAGACCCAAGCGGCGAUGAGCUUGAAACAUUGAGGACAAUCCUCACUGUCCCUCGACCGGAAGCACCCAUGCACGAGGCACUCGAAACUGCACAGCAAGCAUACAACUCACUACGAGUUGAGUUCAAAGCUCUCAAGAAGGACUACCUUGUGCUCUCGGCUACUGUUCCUGCCCGCAGCCGUAACCGUGCACUCAAUAAGACAUCCGCUCUCGACAUGAAAAUCACUGCCGAAGGGAAGAAGUACACGUUGUUCUAUCAUUUCUGGGUCAUCCCUGGCGUCUUCCCAACAACUCCUCAGCCUGACAAUGACCCACAUAGUCCUACACGUUGGGCAUCUCCUGAGGCCAAACUCAAUGGUGCCAUGGCGGAAUUAUAUAACUGUGUGUCCAAGGACUUGCACAAAUCCAUGGAGAAAUAUACGGCAUUUGAUUCUCUGUUUCGUGCCGCAGUUAGUGCUGAGCGGUCAAAUAUUGUGCAUACUAUCAAGAGCUGUGCAAGUCUCAUCUUCUCAACACUCAAGCUCGAUCCCACUCUCUUUUCAUCUCAGACAGAUACCAGAAAGCGGGACGACCACGAUCUACUUCAUCUGCUGAAGAAGAAUGGCGAGGGAGAGUACAUUCGGCUGGCACCCAUUCUGUUUGCGAGGCCAGACACCAUGGUGGCCAAGGAGUUCCUCAAGAAUCCUGUACUUGUCAAAAUCAUUCGUGUUGAAAUGUAUGGGAAAAAGAUCCUUUCUGGAAAGACCAAGGGUCAGAAGGCUAGAGGACAGCGCUGCAAUGCACAAUGUGUCACUGAAGGUUUAAUUGCAGGUGCUGCAGUUAUGGCUCGGUUUUUGUUGACGCAUGAUCCUGAGUUCACUGCGACUGGCGCAGAGACCAAGAUCAGUUAUCAAGCAGACUACAAUUUCUACUUGGAGCGCUUGUUCAAGCGCACACCAUGGGCCUGUAGUGUCAUAGAUUUCUUCAACAAGGAGGUCUUUGACGUUACCAGUCGCAGUCUAGUACCAACUUCUGACGACUUUCCUUCUGCCACUCAAGCUCGAACAUGGGAGGAUGACCUCCUAGAUGAGCUUGAUGCUCCCGUUCAGAUACCGUCUGCUCUCACUUCCCUCCCUACUAGCUCAGCAGUGGUCGAUGUCGCCUCCAGUUACCGCGCUUCCAUAUCCGUCAACCAUGGUCCGUCCACAUCUGCAACUGCACAGUUGCAGUUGGGUGUUAGUCAGUUGACGCUGGACAGUGGCGCCGUCGCUGAGACAACCGCAUCAGCAAUUCGCAGUGUGUCUGCUCAUCAACCUCGAGUUCGCACUGCUUCCGGUGAGCCAGCCCAUGCACCCGAGCCUGAACCAGUCAAGCGUGUUACUCGUCAUGGUGGCAGCAACCGGGAAGUUGCUAGUAAACCUGGACCUAAGGGAAAAGGGAGGGGAAAGCGCUGA